ACUCGCAGUGCCAAUCUAUCGCUGGGAAAAAAUUCGAUCGCUAUCAGCACCUCAACACAUUCGUUUUUGUUCGUUGCUACAACUGCCGAGUUUCAUUCAUCCUUUCUGAAAAAGAAAAACGCCAAAAUGGUCAAAGCAGGUCUCGCUCUUCUGGCGUUCGCCGCACCGGCUUUUGCCGCUGUCAUUGAGCGUGGUGAGGAGGGAGACAAGGCAGCUGGUUCCUAUGCUCCUCCUCCUCCCCCGGUUCCUCCCAAGUCGACUUAUGCUCCUCCUCCUCAGCCCACUCACUCUGAGCCCCAGCCGACUCACUCAACCUAUGUUCCUCCUCCUCCACUAUCUUACUCAACUUCUGAGCCUCCUCACUCCUACACUCAGCCUCCUCAUUCUGAGCCGUCUCACUCCUACACUGAGCCGCAUUACUCAUACACCCAGCCUCCUCACUCUGAGCCAUCUCACUCCCACACUGAGCCGGCUCAUUCGUAUACCAAGCCUUCUCACACGUACACCAAGCCCACCCACACCGAGCCAGCUCAUUCCUACACUGAGCCUCCCAAGCCCAAGCCCACUCCUCCUCCCAAGAGUUAUACUAAGCCGGUUGUGCCUCCUCCUCACACCGGCACUGGUGGCAUCACCAAGACAUUGACUAUCACCACCACCGAGUGUCCAAUCUCCUCCAAGACCGUGGUUUCAGGAACAUCCACCAUCGUCGUACCAAUCACUGAAACUCACACCGUCACUCGCACCAUUGUCACUGUCGUGCCCACCGGCACCAGCACCCCUAACACACCCCCCAAGGAGGGCGGUAACCCGCCACCACAGGAAGGCGGAAACCCUCCUCCUUCAAAGGGUGGUAGCCCUCCUCCUUCAAAGGGUGGUAGCAACCCUCCUUCAAAUGGUGGUAGCAACCCUCCUCCUGCUGAAGGUGGCACUACUCCUACCGAGUCUACUACUACUCCACCGGUCUACACUGGCGCUGCUGCUGCCAUUGUUAAUCAGCAACCCGUUGCCGGGCUUAUGGUCGCUGCUCUUGGAGCUUUUGCUCUUCUUUGAGUGUGGAAAGCUUGAACUCGGGAAGAGAGUUGUGGAGAGUUAGGCCUUGUGGGAGUCUCAACUCUUUUCAUUGUGGAGUGUUGAAAGAAUUCUAUAAUUGGUGUUUUCUUUUUCUGGAUUUUUGAAGAAAUUUUGUUUACAGUUUCUAUUCUUCUACCUGUUUUGUGCUCUGACAAGCUUGAAAAAGAGACGCGUAACUCUCUCUGCCAGUGGGCGCAUUUUACAUACAUAUCCUUUAAUGUUUCGAAUGUAUCUGAUAUCUUUUUCUAUACACGAUUUUAAAAAGGUAGAUUAGACUAUAAAUAAAAGAGAAAAAAAAUUGGGUUCUAGU